AUGGGUUCAGCCUGUUCAACACAAAAGCAAUUGAAGAAUGUUGAAGAACCUCAAAGGAUUUCCACUGAAAAACCAAAGAAGGUGCUGAGAUCGAGUGUUUCAAAGAACGAUCAAAAGCAACAUACCGAGGCAAAGAAGGAGGAGGUAAAACAAGCUUCGUCAUCAUCACUAUCAGCAGAAAAAUCCUCUCAUCAUAUUCAAACAAAACAAGAACAAGAUCCUGUAAAUACAUCAAAUACAUCAACUGAGGAUAAAAAAUCCUCAAUAGCAGAAAAGAAAGUAUCGAGAGCUCUUUCAAAGUAUGAAAAACGAGAUGAGCAAUUGUUGUCAACUUGGGGAAAGUGGCUCAGUUCUGGUGAGACCAACAAGUAUGUGGCCAAUGAUGAUGUUUACUAUUUCGAGAUGAAUAACUGUUUUCCUGAUUGCUUUUUCUUGGAUAUUGAGGGGGGUGAUAUUGAUAUGGAAACAAUUGUUUUUGUUAGGGUGAGAGGAUAUUCUACAGUAAUUGCAACCAUGAUUCAACAAGUGGAUGAUAAGAAUGACAAAGCCGUUCUAACUUCAAUUCAAAUUCCGAAAUCUAUUGAAUCUGAUAAGGUUCUCCUUCCAAUCAUUCAAGCACUGGUAGAGGCAUUACCAGAGCAAUUAGAAAAACCAUUCACAAUUACUGAGGAGAGGAGAAAUUACUUUAUGAAGGCAAUGAGGACUUAA